AUGAAUAACAAAGGAGCCAAUGGAUAUCCGUCGUAUGAUGCCGCACAUCAGGCCGCAUAUCAGCAAUACAUGAACGGUCAGCUUCCUGGACAUGCACAACUGCCGCCUUCGUACAAUUCGGUGGUCACCAGUAUGACGCCGACCUAUCCGCCAUAUCCUCCCGGAAUCGUGCCACAGCCGUUCUACGGUAAUAGCUGGAGCGUGAAUCCGUCCCCGCAGGGACAGUUUGCACCGCCGCCACCACCGUACGCGGCCACACCGACCGCUGUUGCGGCCAUCCCAGCCCAGACGAUGCAUCCGCAGAUGUACCAGUAUCAGAUUGCGGCUGCUCCACCACCGCAGGCACAGCCGCCGCAGGUCUACCAAACGCAAAUGUAUCCAGUUCAAGGUGCCAUGUUUGAUGCCGGUGCACGGUUCGGUAAAACCGGUGGGCAGCCGACGGUUCCACCGCCACCACCCGGCAUCCUUCCCAAUGCAGCCCAGAUGGCCACAAUGCAGGGCCAACAGGUUGUGGUGACGAAGAAGAAGAACAAUUUUCUCCACGGUGGCAACGGUGGCGGCUAUACGUUCUGGUGA